AGCUUUUUGGCCAUGUCUGUGUGACUGGUUUGGCAAUUCCUCUGCCUCCCUCUCCUCAGUCAGACAUUUGAGAGCGCUGUGCUUGAUUUGUGCUCCAUGAAUGUCUCCUCAGCUCUGGAGUCAAUUCCAAAGAGCAAUGGAAGCAAUGUUUGUAUUUCCUCAGUAAAUGCCAAUAUGUAUUUCUUGUCUGUGCAUCUUUAUGUGGAUGAUUGUACAGUGCAGUGAGAGCAGCAUUGGGUAUUUACAGUUACAUUUUGCAAAACAGGAAAUCUAGCCUUUGUCAAAAAAAGUGUCAGUUUUAAGAUUAAGUUGAAAAUUACUUAAGUGCUAGUGUAGUAAGACUUUCUUUUGGCUUUAUAGAGGAAUUCAGUAUUUGUUUUUUUUGACUGAUAUUGGAAAUAAUUUAGACUGCCACAUAUUAGCAUAGCAGGAUUUUAGUUUAAAACAAUAUCUGGUUGUGAGGGACAAAGAUAACUGUUUGAUCAGGUGGUACCUACAAGUGGUUUGUAAGGUACUCAGAUAUUGCAGAUCAAGCAUGGUCUAAAAAAAUAGAUAUUGCAUACAUCUCUGUGGGAGUCACGUGCAGGUGUUGUCAUGACUUAAUACUGAUGUACUUGAUACCAUGAUUUCAUGGAUCACGUAAAGAAUCUGAACUGAUUUUAGGGGAAGUGCAGAACUUAUUCUUUAACCUUACGUAGCUGAAACAAAUAUGCCUGUAAAAGCUGUGCCAGAUUGAAGUGGCUGCCAUGUUGACAAAUCCCUAAUUCACUGAAGAGUAACCUGCUCUUGCUACACCCACUGACUCUACAAAAAACUCAGUGUGAAAGCUGUCUGUCCAUAUAGAGCUCUGUUUUGUAUCGACCUGUAAAUUGAUCAGCAUCCUUGAUGCAAGUGUAAUGAAUUAAUACAUGAAGCUUAUUACUGUCUCUGACCCAUGGUGUGAUGGUAACUACUGUGGGCUUUUUAUAGUGGGAAUAAAUGAUUGUGGAAUAACUAGUCACAAAAGUACCUGAAUUAGCAAUUACUACAGUGUAUUCUCACAAAUUCAUACAUUUAUUUACUGGCAUUUUAAUAACUCUUCAACUGAGUAUACACAAAAAUACAAGACAUUUCCUGUGGAACCUGGAAAGGCUGAAGCUUUUUUUGAGAAGGUGGAGGCCAUGUUGUUUUUGAGUGAGAGUCUAAGGAGAGAGAACCAUGGGGCUGGAAGAAGAAAACCGAAAGGGUUGUCACUAGGGUGGGCCAUGAACUUAGCUGUUAUGUUGUUGAAUUUAUUACUGUUGCCAGUGCGACACUGUUGAUUUGAAUAAUGAUUUGAAUAUUGCCCUCUUGGAUAGAGGAAAGGUCCUGCUGCAUCAUGUAUCUGUUCCUGCUCUUGCCCAUUUUACUAAUAGAAUAUUUGUGUGUCAUGCUUUAUUGCCAACCAAAGAUUUUUGCAUGUCAGGUGACAGUCAGUUCUUCCUGUUCCUAUUUAAUGAACAAUAGGAAUGAGAGGUUUUGAGAGUUCAGCUGGGUAAGAGCAAGAAAUAUAAAUCAGGGCUACAAUGUGGUAAAGCAAAGCCCUCUGUACUGAUCUUGCUUUCUUUUAUGAGUGCGAAGUCUUUGGCUGGUUACCUUUUUCUCUGUGUGGCAGAUCCAUCACUUUGAGUAUUUAGCUGAUUUGCAGUUUGAAGGAAGACUCCACUGCCUGCUGUUGAUAUGGGAAGGUCAUAAAGCUUUUUUUUUCACCUUCUUGUCCGUGUCGUGGUUUAAACCCAGCCAGCAACUAGGACCACGCAGCCUCUCACUCAUCUUGCUCCCUUCCCCCAAAGAGCUUUGAGGGAAAGAAUUGAAAGGGGAGAAGAAAAAACAAAAAAAACCCAACAAACUCAUGAGUUGAGAUAAGAACAGUUUAAUAGGACAGCAAAGAAAAUAAUAACAAUAAUAAUAAUAAUAGGAGAACAUACAAAACAAGUGAUGCACAAUGCAGUUGUUCACCACAUGUGACACCGAUAGCCCCUGGGUUCCAGAGCAGCAGUACCUACCCCCUGGCCAACUCCAGUUUAUAUACUGACCAUGAGUGGCCAGGAAUACCCCUUUGGCCAGCUUGGGUCAGCUGUCCUGGCUUUGUUCCUUUCCAGCUACUUGUGCACCUGCAGCUUUCAGGUGGGAAAGUCCUUGACUUGGUAUAAACAUUGCUUGGCAACAAUCAAAACAUCAGUGUUUCACCAACAUUCUUCUUAUACUAAAUCCACAACAUAGCACUAUACCAGCUACUAGGCAGAAAAUUAACUCUGUCCUCACUGAAAUCAGGACAGUCUGAUGCAGCUGCCUUUGGAGACAACCAGCUGUACCACCAUAGAGCUCUUGAAGAAGUUGAUUGCAUAUCAACGGGAAUUUCAUGCUUUGAAGGAACGUCUUCGUAUAGCUGAGCAUCGCACUUUGCAACGCUCUUCUGAGCUGAAUGCUAUCUUGGAGCAGUUCAGGCGUGCAGUAGCAGAAACAAAUGGGAGUAAGAACACAAUGAAUAAUUUUUCAGAUGAGACGCUGAAAUUGUUAAAAGAGCUAACAAGUAGAAAAACUCUUCAAGUGCCAAAUAUCUAUUACCAUUUGCCUCAUUUGUUGAAAAAUGAAGGAAGCCUUCAACCUUCUGUGCAGGUUGGCCUUGGAAGGACGGGAGUUUCCAUUGUAAUGGGAAUACCUACAGUGAAAAGAAAAGUCAAGUCAUACCUGACAGAAACUCUCCACUCCCUUAUUGAUAAGCUGUCCCCUGAAGAAAAACUGGAUUGUGUUAUGGUUGUCUUUAUAGGAGAGACUGAUCUUGAUUACGUUAACAGUGUUGUUGCAAGCCUGGAAAAAGAGUUUUCUACAGAGAUUAAUUCUGGCUUGGUGGAAGUAAUAGCCCCUCCUGCAACUUACUAUCCUGACUUGACAAACUUGAAAGAGACAUUUGGAGACUCAAAAGAGAGAGUGAGAUGGAGAACAAAACAAAACUUGGAUUAUUGUUUUCUUAUGAUGUAUGCCCAGAAAAAGGGGGUUUAUUACAUUCAGCUUGAAGAUGACAUCGUUGUCAAGCAGAAUUAUUUCAGCACAAUAAAAAAUUUUGCUCUUCAGCUUGCUUCUGAAGAUUGGAUGAUUCUAGAAUUUUCUCAGCUGGGUUUCAUUGGUAAAAUGUUCCAGUCUCCAGAUAUCACUCUUAUUGUAGAGUUCAUAUUUAUGUUUUAUAAGGAGAAACCUAUUGAUUGGCUACUGGACCAUAUCCUCUGGGUGAAAGUGUGUAACCCUGAGAAAGAUGCUAAACAUUGUGAUCGACAGAAAUCUAAUCUACGGAUACGCUUCAGGCCUUCUCUUUUCCAGCAUGUUGGCCUCCACUCCUCUCUAGCAGGGAAGAUCCAGAAACUCACAGAUAAAGACUUCCUGAAACCAUUACUACAUAAAAUCCACGUGAAUCCACCUGCAGAGGUUUCGACAUCUUUAAAAGUCUACCAAGGACAUACACUAGAAAAAACCUAUGUAGGGGAAGACUUUUUCUGGGCUGUCACACCGGUUGCUGGGGAUUAUAUUCUAUUUAAAUUUGACAAGCCAGUCAAUGUAGAAAGGUACUUAUUUCACAGUGGCAAUCCAGAGCAUCCAGGAGACAUACUUCUAAACACAACUGUGGAAGUUUUGCCUUUUCAGAACGAAGAACUGGUAUUAAGCAAAGAAACCAAAGACAAACGCUUAGAGGAUGGUUUCUUCAGGAUAGGGAAAUUUGAAAACGGUGUAGCUGAAGGAACAGUUGACCCCAGUCUAAAUCCUAUUUCAUCAUUCAGGCUUUCAGUGAUACAAAAUUCAGCAGUCUGGGCAAUUCUGAAUGAGAUUCAUAUUAAAAAGAUUCCAAACUGAUCCUGGAAAUCUACUUUUGAGGAAAAAGAAAGAAUCCUUGAAAACUUUUCCUGUAAAAUCUGACAUCCUUAGCAAGUCACAAAUUGAAAAUACUGAGCAUGCACCUUAUUCCAAAUUUCUUUCUUUUCACUUGAACUCUACCUCUUGUGAAAUCUACUGUAGAUGGGAAGAUUGUAUUUACCCCUUCUUAUCUGAUCCAUCCAGAAACUGAUGCUCCACACCGAUAACGUUCGUCUGAGGCCGAAGUUGUCCUCCACUUUAAUGUGACUUUACCAUCUUAUGGUUACAGAACCCUGCUACGUUUAACCUGUACUAUUUUGAUAGUAUAGUAAUAUAGAGAAGUUGUACAUAUUGUUACAUUCCUUGAAGAAGAAAAAAAUAUAAUUAUUGUUACAUAUGUUUUAUGAAGGGGGUACUUUCGGAGUUCCAUUUAUUUUCUAUAACAAGAACCCUCUUUUAUAGACUGUCAGGGAUAUAUAUUAAAAAUGUUAGGGAUAUUUAAUUUAUUAAAAUAAUUUGAAAAGUACAUAUUUUUAUGCAGUAAAAUUUUAAAUUGAUAUAGUUUUUUUUAUGAAUUCUCUACUUUAAGUUAUCUUUCUACAUUUUUCUUUGGAGAUGCAAACAUAAAUUAAUACCACAUUUCAAAUAUACUGCCAUGUUUUAAAAAACCCCUAGAUUAAGUUUCUAAAUUAUGUAGUUUUAUACACAGAAUCUGAAUGAUGUUCAGAGGCAUUAACAGAGUUCUGAAGAGCAUUAUUCUUUGGGGCUAUGAAAUUCCACUCUGUACAAUUUGUAGCCACAGAAAAAGCAUGCUGAAAUGUCUUGUUUCAUAUUCUGUACUAAAUCUGCAGUGAUUUUAGAUUGAAUCCAUUGCAUUUUAGAAGAAUUUUUUCAAUUCCGAACAGUUCUUUCUAAAAAUCUUUGUAGACAUUUCCUAGCCUGGACAAAUACAUUUUCUGUAUUGAAAAAAAAAUCAUUCUCCAGCUUUGCUUUGGAGUGAUAGAGGUUAUCUUUUGUCAAAACAAUUACUAGUAAUUAGAUACAUUUGAUCUACAGAGGUCUCCUUUUAAAAAGUUCUGUUAUUGCAGUGUUUCUUUUGGUUACAUUACAGUGAAUAGUUAUAGUUUAUUUUUUUCUUCCAUCGUUCAAAAGCAAGGUUUCAGUUUGACUCCUUUAUUGAUCGGUGUAGUGACUCACACUAGCUUUUAAUAGGAACUGAAUUUGGCUUCAAGUUCCUACCCUGCGCCUUUUCAGUUCAAGGGAAACCACAAUGAUCUCAAAUGAAUCAGAAACUCAGUCAGGACCAAAAAGUGGUUUGGAUUAAACCCAGAGCAGAAUUGUUGCGGUACUAAUGCUGCUGCUGCUCUACGGGUCCUUCUGUUUAGGUGCUUAUGUGUAAGGACACAGGCAUGGGAAGAUUUAAGUUACCCAGUCAGAAAUGGUCAGGAAAAAGAAGAGAAGCAGGAAUUUCUCCCUUUCAUAGGAAUGAAGUGCCUGAUUGACACUGGAAGGAGGCUUCUGCCCUGUCUUGGGGAUUCUCAGCUGUGCUGUGAACCAGUCUCCUGGAACUGGCAUCUCAAAAGCUGGCCCAGUUUUCCCUGAAGAAAAAAAAACCUCCGUUAUCCCCAACAUCUUUGUGGUCAAGGCACAGAUGCACAAAACCUGUUGUGGGAUCCUGUGUGAUCUAGAGCGGGGAUGCUGAAUUCGUAUCUCCAGCAUGGAAGUUCUACUAGUAGGUUUGGCCUCUUUUUCAUGACGUAAGGAGCAGGAGCCUAAACAUGACUCUCCAUCACUGCAAGCUGAAAGCCAUCACCACUGGGAUAUAGAGCCAACCUGUCUUCUCUUCUGCCGUGUUGAAAAAUUACGUGGUAUCUUUGACACUUCAGCAAGAGUCAAGUUUAAGAGCUUAACUACUUCUACAGACCACAGUAAUUUUGUUUUUAGCUUUGUUGUCUGAGGACACAGGGAAGACAAGUUUUGUACAAAUAAGACCUUCUGUUUAGACUGACUGGUGUAAGUUGAAGAAAAGUGGGAAGCUACAAGGCAGGCCUCAUUUACUUUUCUCUGAUUGUAUUAGAUGGUGGAAAUAAAACGUUACUUGGAAAGCUCACCCUGCCCAGAGAGACUUGGGGGCAUAAACUAAGAACUGGCCUCAUAAAUGGAGUUUAUUCUUGGAUUUAGGAUGUGGGUGAACAGGCUCAGAGUCUUGUGUGGGUCUAGCUUGUUGUGGUGCCACAGCCCAGUUCGUUAUGUCUAUAGCACCGUCCAGUUAUUGUCAUGCAAUGGGUUUUUAUCAUGAUAGCUAGCCAAGGUCUAAGGAAGUAUUUAGGUUUUCUUCUCAGCUGUGCCUGUGAAUGAAUGAUGCAAGUAAUUUAAACUAUAGCUAUCUAUUACAAUUUUGAUUGCAGAAAUAUGUUAGAUAUUGCAGUUUCUUAAUAUAAGUAGUUUUGCUGACAGUGACUUUCAUCUUUUUCCAUGAGUUCAAAAGUUUACUGGUGCCACUUAUUUAAGAAAGCUGUGUGUGCUUAUUCUCAAAGCAUCACUGUUCCUCAUGUUUCACAGUAGUUAAGAUGAAUCAUUGCUAAUAUAUCUAAAUAUAUAGAACCUUACCACAUGAAUUGCAGGAAUCUGGUUAACAGUAUAUUUAGUUUUCAAAAAUGUUGAGAUGAAACUUAUCAAAGACAACAAAUUAACUAGUGCUUGGUAAAAUAUGUGGGUUUUUUUCCUAAAGGAUAUUGCUUUUUUAUUACAUAGUAGUAGCAGGAGUUGGAAAUACUCUGGGCUGCUUUAAGACUUAAAAUGUUCCUGAGCGUAUAUGCUCUCUAAAUAAAUAUGCCACACUAAUACAAAUGACGUUUCGUAGAUUCAGGGAAAUUCAGACCUGGUGUAAUCAGCUAGUACUGCAAAUUUGCUUGGAAAUUUUGCUGAGAUAGAGAAAAAGCAAAGAAAGUCUUCUCUGUUUAAUUAUCUCUGCAGACACCUGUUUGGGGCUUUCUGCCUUUCAAAUUCCAAUCCCCAAGUCAGGCUGAAGUGGUGCUGGUCUAAGAACACUUUGGUUGUUUGGCUCAACAGUCCUGAGCUUGGACACUGUUUGUGACUGGGUGUACUCCAGCAGGGCUGGUGUCUCUGACAUGUCUCAGUCCUACGUUACAGUAUUGCCACAGAAGUUCCUCAGCAUCUUAAACCUAUGACCUGAUUUUGGGGAGUAUUUCCUGCAUUAUUUAAUUUCAAGUUAUUUCUGUUGUGGCUUUAAAAAUCCCCUCUAGGCCACUGAAUCUUAUAGUAAUCAAAUAAUGGAAAGUGUUUAGAGAGAAAUUGCAUUAUCCUGUGACCCUGUUAGCUCCUUCUGAUGCUGCUAAAGCUUCAGAAAAGAGAACUUCUGUGAAACCAAAGGCAUUACUGGAAACUUUCAGUAUUUGGGCAAAUUAUUAAGUUCUUAUACUGGAUGCUGAGCUGAUAGGAUUGCUCUGGACCAAGGAAAUACAAAACCAUCAGUAUAAUCUUGCUUUGCUCAUUCAUUGGGUAGUCCUGCUGAAAACUGUAAAUAAUGUGAACAGGAUGUGAUCCCAAUUUAGCACUUUUUUUUUUUUAAUUAAAAAUUUUUUCUAAAGCACUGUAUAAGGCUUUUGCAGGCAUCCCAACUAUUUAUUUGCAUUGAUAUAAAAUAUUCCUAUACAUACAUCUGUUUUUUCUUAACUGAAAGAUGGCUUAGAAAAAUUGAAACAGGUAAAUAUGAUUCAUGGACCAAUAUGAGACCGGACUCUUCUGCCAUAUCACUGCUUGUCUAGCUCUUUCAAAAGCAGAUUUUAAAUAUGUUAAGUCAGUUUAGAGCAAAGAAGUUUAUGCUUUGCCCACAUGAUACACGAUUCCAUGAAUGGGCUGGAGUGUGAUUAGUCUUUGGCAAAACUGAACAACUCUAACAUUUUUCCUUAUUUUCCUAAGUAUAUUAUAAUUUCAGUAGUCCCUUUUCUUUGUGGGAAGUACUUGCUUCAAAUGAAAUACUGUAGUAAUUUGUAGUUUGCUUCCAACUUGGAAAAUAUUAUUUUAAUUUUGUGGAGGAAAAAAAGAAAAUUAGAUCUCUUCAAACCUUGCUCCCCUGAAAUAAAUAAACCCUAGGUUCUGUAUUUGUUCUUACCAGGAAGGAUAUAUUCUGAAAAAGCUAAAGCAAAUGACUGUAGAAGGGAAACAAACCUCUACGUUUAAAAAUCAUCUUUACAAUCACCAGCAUGAUGCUGAAAGACUAUUAAACAACUGGUGUUUUCAAGCUAGCAUUGAUUGCUGACUGUAAAAAAUCCAUCCCAUGUAGACUUGAUGAAUUAGUCUUCAAGAGUGUCACUUUUCUGAUCUUAGUGGCCUCUUAAGGGUUUUGCUGAUUUCUGCUGUGAGCAGCUAGAACUUAAAGUAGCUUAAUUUUGAGAACAAUGAAGCCUUCUUUCACGGGGGCAAACUUUGGUAUCUCUAAAGGGAAUGUACACAGGCCCUGAGUCCUUCAUUGAUUUCAGUGGUAUUGCAGCACAGGGCACUAAAUACGAAGUAUUUUUACUGUUGAACUGAAGCAGAUGAUCACUGGUGCCAGGACUCCUGUCAGGGAAAAGGCGCAUGGUGUGGCUGCAGCUGCCUGCGGGACAGGAGCUUGUGCUGUGAGCCAAGGGGGAGCAGGUCCUGACAGGAAUCCUUCACCUCCUGCGGAUCAGCGCUUUCCUUGUGAAAAGGGGAACGUUGCUCAGUGUCUGCUGAGAGGGUAACAGGAUUCUCUUCAAGCCUUAACAGUGCUGAAACACACAGUACUGUAAGAUGCACUGCCAGCAUAUUUGGUAUUUUAAGAUAAAUAUAGUUUUUCCUUAGAGAUCAAAUUCUAGUAUUGAAAUAUUAAGUCUUACUGUGACCAGUUUACUCUUGCGUAUGUUGGAAACUGAACCCUAGUGCUUAUGUUUCAUACUGAACGCUCUGUCAUCUUCAUUUUUCAGAAGGUAUUGUUUGUGAUGGUCAGUUUAUACUCCUGCCUUGUGGACCUUACAGCUGCAGGCAUUGCUAUGAGCCCACCCCUGUAGCCAAACAAAACUUUAUACUUUCCUGCCAUGUUCAUUGACCUACAACUCACCAUGGUGGAUGUAGUAAUACCCACUGGACUGCUAGAGACUGGGUUUAAAAAUUUGCUGCUAUAUUUGGAAACCUGAUAUAGGUCAUGUUAAUGGUGCCUUUCAUCACUGUUUCUUCUAUGUGCCAGAGUUGUCCGUGUAUAUUUGAAGUAGUCAUUAAAAUAAAUCUGUUCUCAAGCUCUUUCAUAAAAGGAGGGGACAGUUCUGUAUGUAGAGGCAGUUGUUGCUUUACCAUUGCAACGCUAUGAAGAUCCCUACCUUUCACACAGUCCCAAGGCAAGGUAUUCCAAUAUUAAAUAAAUCUGCUUUUCAGUGUCACUUAAAACCCUCGUAACAUAGAGCUUAUGCCAGUAUGUACAAAAUAUCUGCAGUAAGAGUUAUGCUAAAAAGACUUGUUGCAGUUAAAUUUAAGCUACAGAGAUGUACAAGUAACUUGUUUUUAGGAAUGUACUGCAAAAGUAUUUGAACAAAAUUGCUAACAUGUUUACUGUUGUAAAUAUUUUAAUAAAAAAGGACACUUCAAACUUUUUUUACACAAUUAUCUACAAUAAAGAGAAAUUUACAACCAUUUACAAAA